CCAGCUCACUUCAGUUGCAUCAUAGAUUUGCUUCAACACCGGAAGUCCAAAACCACUAUUAUCCCAAAUACCCAAUUCCCCAAAUACUUACAUUUUGUUCCUCACAUGGCUAGAGUUGGUCUGGUUUGCCUAGUUCUUCUAGCUGGGAUCCUUGUGGUCCAGGCAAUGGCUGAAAAAUCUGAGCUGAACCCAACUGAGGCUAAGCCCCAAAAUCGGGUUUUAGCAGCACAUUCAGAUUCAGAUUCAGGUUCAGAUCAGAGUAGUGUUUCUGUUGCUGAAGUGCCAUCUCAUAGUAUGGAGGAGUCUCAAGUGGCUGAAGGCCCAUCUGUCAGAAAGUUGGGGCCCUCAAAGCAUCACCAAGAUAAGUCUGUUGCUGGUGGAGGUGUUAUUAUUGGUGGGCUUGUCACUGCCAUUUUUGCAGCUGUCUUUUGCUACAUCAGGGUCACCAGAAAAAGGGGAGGUGUUUAUUAAGCUCCAAUGGUUUCCGGGUAGUUAGUAGUGUCGAGGAGAGUGAUUUUGAUCCACACAGAAACAAAAUAUUGAUAUCAAUGUAGUCAAGUUUAGUGCUUUAUUUGUUCAUAUAUGAUGAAAAUAUUAGAUUGAGAUUCUUAUCAAGUCUGGUGCUUUAGUUUUUGUGCA